UUCAGCUGUUCAUUAAAAGAAACAAAACUCUUUCAAAUAUGCUAAUGUAAGUUUACCAUAGCAGAAAAACAUUUUGAAAAGAAGAUCGCUGUCAAAAAGUUAAUAGCCCGGCUUUAAACUCCUUACGUCAGACAUUCUGGACAAUAUAUGCUAUAGCUUCUUAAUUGAAGAACAGUAUAUUGGACAGUCAAUAUGCUUGGUAAUUACUUUGUGCAAGGUUCUAGCUUCGAAGCUCGUAUAUUGACAAGGACGAUCCACAAAUGGAAUUAAAUCGAUCGGAUAACUGUUUCUUUCUUGUGAAUCCAGAGUUCCACAAUGUUCAAUACCGCUAUUCUUCCAACUUUGCAACGAGUCUCAUUAGCGGCAUAUUUUCGCCCGUUGCCGUCAUCGCAAAUUUCGUUGUUCUCUAUGUAAUUUUCCGUGUUGUAUGGCUUCGAGAUCCUUCCAACCUGCUCCUGGCCUGCUUGGCCGCCUGUGAUAUGCUGAUUGGCGUUAUUGUCCAGCCCAGCUACGUCUCCUUCCGCCUGAGUGAAAACAGAGACCAUUUCGUGCCGUGGGUAGUGAGAAUAAUCUAUUCGACGUCAUUUUUUAUCUGUUACGGAGUGUCUUUCUUAACGCUCAACGCAAUCAGCUGCGAACGCUACAUCGCCCUGACAAUUCAUCUUCGCUACAAAGCUAUCGUCACCAAACGUCGCCUGCUACUGGUAGCCGCUGUAAUAUGGAUCUUAAACACUUCACUGACUUGCCUCCAAUUUGCUGGCAUCAAUGAUACCGUGAGAACAAUUCAUUUAACAAUCUGGUUUGCAUGCUUGUUAACUUCGGGUCUGCUGCAGUUUAGAAUUGUCGGGAUCGUUCGUAAGCAUCACGAUCAAAUCCGACGACAAGAACACCAGUUUAACUUGAACGCGAAUAGUUACCGACGCCAACUCAAACUUGCUAGCAACAUAGCUUAUAUCGUAGGAUUCUAUUUGCUCCUCAACCUACCAGUUCUUGUAGUGACGACUUAUCACCAGAUACUCAGAAGAAAUUUGAGUACCCUGAAUUAUUACAGCUGGGCAGAGACUGUGGCUCUUUUGAAUUCGUCUCUAAAUCCUUUUAUUUGUUGCUGGCGAAGUCGAAAUAUACGGAAAGCAAUUUUUAAAAUCGUGGCAACAUGGAUAGCAUGUAAUUCUUCGAGCAAGGGAGGAAAUGAAGAUGCUGCCCAUAACGGUGUAAAGAAUUCAAGAAAGUAUGAAUUUGGUUGUCAUCUAAAUAUGAAGUCGCUCCGACUUCAACAGCUGAAAUGUGAGUUGGAAAAAUUCACUCCAAUAAAUUUUCAUAGCGACAUCGUGAAUUGAUCUUCAUUAUUCAUACUCCAAAAGGGUUCCAAAAGUGAACUUCUAGAAAGGUAAA